AUGGAUCAAUCUCAAUCAGUCUCUUGUGGUGGUGGAAAUAGUAAAUUAAAAGAUAUAAUUGAUGGAGCUGGUUUGGAUCCACAACGUGAUGAUGAGAAUGAGAAUGUUGAUUUGAUUAAACAAAAGAAAAAGAAAACCAAAUAUCCAUCUAGAUGUUUUGUGGAAGGUUCUAUUGAUUGUGUUUGUAUGAUCAAUAAUACUUUAUUCUUAAGUAGAAGUGAUAGUGGUUUGUGCAUAUGUAAUUCAAUGUCACUUUGGAGUAAAUAUGAAAAGAAAGCAAUCUUUCCCCAACCAUUAGCACAUGGGACUGAAAAAGAGAGCAUCAAUGAACUGACACAAGACAGUAUUAUAAAAGCAAGAAGGAUUACAUUGAUUUCAGGUUUAUUGUUUAGUAAUUUAUUUUGUUCUGGUUCUUGGGAUAGCAACUUCAAGACGUGGAAACUAAUUAAAGGUGGUCAAGGUAAAUAUGAAAUCAAAAAACUGGAUUGA